UUAUUCUAUAGUCCCAGUCGAAUUUAAUUAAUGAAACUCUCGGUUUCUUACGUAUACAUUACCCAAGAUAAUCCAUUUCUAAUGCCCCUUGGCAUUUCGAGGGAGGGGAUGCAUUUUACCCAUGCGUAGGGGUAUUUUAAGUUUGCUCUCCAAGGAUCGCUAUUAUUUACAAUCACAACAACCUAUGACGUCAAAUAAACGUGUGGGGGACGUAAAUAUGUGACCCUUUCAAUCAAUUACACCCUAUUUCCUGCGCUUUCGUUAACACUCGUAGAACAUUGCAUCUAUUUCCGCCUAAAUAGGCAAUUGCACAUCGAUUGCAUACGAUCGAGUGGAUUUACGGCCAGUAAGGUCGCCUGGGCUCGGGUCAGAAGGUUCUAUUUUUAAAAACUUCAUACCUGAGCAAUCUUUUACUUGGUUGUGAGCGCCUGUUACGUUAGGGCGUAUAUUAGCGAAAUAUUUGCAUAAAUCCUAUUAAAAUUACAUUAUUAAUAGUAAUUCGUUUGUCAUAAUGCGUGACGAUAAAAAUUCAGGCAUCCUGGCCCCCAUAACUGAAAUGGAUGAGCAGCCAAUCUUCACGUGCAAGGCGCACGUGUUCCACAUAGACCCGAAGACGAAGCGAUCGUGGAUGUCGGCCAGCUCCGCCGCUGUUUCCGUCUCGUUCUUCUACGACUCGUCGAGAAACCUGUAUCGCAUCAUCAGCGUUGAAGGGACCAAGGCGGUGAUUAACAGCACAAUAACGGCAAACAUGACCUUCACGAAGACGUCUCAAAAGUUCGGACAAUGGAGCGACGUGCGGGCCAACACGGUUUACGGGCUCGGGUUCGCGUCCGAAGCAGAACUGGGCAAAUUCAUAGAAAAGUUUCAAGAAGUGAAAGAGGCGAUCCAGGCGCAGCAGAUGUCCGGCAAAGCCACCAACGGCAACAGCGGGGCCGCCACGCCCGUAGCGUCCGCCACGGCGUCCCCUCUGCUAGCCUCCCGCGCGCCCGCCGACGAGCCCCCGGUCGCUGCUCCCCCAAUACAGCCUAAAGUUGACAACGAUGAAAUGAUGGUCCACCAAAGAGCUCACUCCGUGUCGUCCUCACUACAGGGCGGAUAUGCGACAGUAGGCCGAGCGCCGCGCGGCCCCCUCGCGUCCACGGCGGCGUCCGAGCGCUCGGAGCUGCCUCCCGGCGAGUCCGCAGAACAGCAACUGAGAUACGAGAACGACCGCCUAAAACUGGCUUUGGCUCAGAGCUCAGCGAAUGCCAAAAAAUGGGAGGUCGAGCUGGCAACACUGAAGAGCAACAACCUCCGCCUAACAGCCGCCCUGCAGGAAAGCACCGCCAACGUCGACGAGUGGAAGAGACAGCUGCACCAGUACCGGGAGGAGGUGGCCCGCGCCAGACACUUUGCUGGGAAAGGCAACGAUGCGAGCGAAGCUGAGCAGCUGCGGCAGCGCGUGGCGCAGCUCGAGGCGGAGCUAGCCCAGAAGAACGAGGAGCUGGCACAGUUCACCAAGUCACGGAAGAGUGAACAGGACGCCGAAGCAAAACUAGCUCAAAGCCAGCUGGAGCUAGCCCUAGCCGCCCAGGACGGACAGCGGCAAGUCAUCCAGGCGCUCAACGACCAGCUGGCCCGCCAGCUCGAGGAACUGUCGACGAUCCACCGCGAGAUUAACACGGCGCUGCAAACAUGAGACGCGGCCUCCAUUCAGCCGCCUCCUAUAUACGCGUCCGUUGUCAAGCCACCGGACCGGCGGCUGCCGCUGCUGCUGCGCGCGCGGGAGGGGCGGGACGGGAGGGAGGGGGAGGAGCCGAGCUACGUGACGGUGAAGACGAACAAAUGAACAGCGUUCUCGGUAUUUCGCAAGGUGCACGAAUUCUUUUAAUUUCCUACCUGUAUUCUUGAUUAUCUUUUCGUGAUGUGGUCUCAGUGUUCGCGGUCUAAUCUGCUACUGUUUAGGCGGGCACCCGUUGUGACGGGCACGAAUACCGUUCUCCCAGGAAACCUUACACCUGUGAAGUCUACAAGUAGGUGCGUGCCCUUUUCAUACAGAUAGAUAUUCUGAAAAUGCGUGUAUUGUGAGCGUCCGCCGCGGUAAUCUUUGGCCUUUAGUCAGGAGGUACUGCUAACGAUAAAAAAUUUAAAGUGUUCUUUUUUUACUUACUCUAGCUUGGAUUUUAAAUAAAAUGUAACGUGAAUAAAUUAACAUAUAAUAACACGUACUUCAGAUUCUGCGAUUAGCACUUGUUGAAAUAAUUUGAGCCGAAAAUAUAUUGCAUCCUGACGAGGUCACGGGAUCACAAGGUGGGCUGAGAAAAAACGUAUUUUUCCUUGUCACUCAAACAAAGCGAAACAGUUUGCUUUCAAUUACUUAUUUAAUAAACAAGUAACAUUUUAAAUCGUUGCAACAUUGAGAUCACUCAACACUGUAGUUUUAACAUCACUUUUUAAUUUUACAUCAUGACAUCCGCACAUCACAAAUGUCACUCGUUUUUAUCACUGCAUAAUGUUUCACAAACAAUUGUCAAAUUUUAACCAUAACUUGCUUUUCGGAUUGUAUGGGUAGAUAUAUAAGCUGUCAUUCCAUAACCUACCAAAGUGCACAUGCACUGUAUUGGCAUUAACGGUUAUUUUCAAAAUAUGUCUUAUUGUUUGAGAUGAGAGUCUGUAUGCUAAAAACUAUAAUUAAAGACGUUUUUCAUUGUUAUAGCAGAGGAUUUCAGCUCUGGUUUUCAUCAACAUGUUCUCGAAUAAUAAAUAUAGUCAUUUUGUAUUUAAAAUAUAAAUGAGAACGAACGAGAAAUUUAUCAUUUCUCUGGCCUAAAUAAUUUCUUAUAAUAUUUACGUACAGUUAUUCCUUUCCUAACGUAUGACAUCUCUCUUGCACUGUAUUGCAUUGAAUCCAAUUCUUAUUGUCUUUGCAAGUCACAAUGAAAACUAAUAUUAUGCCAUCUCAGUCACAUAAAUAAUUGUUUAUAAUUAGUGGAGAUAAAAUAUUGCGUGACAGCUAUCUCAUACAAGAUAAUGCUCCAAAGUUCUUCAAUAUUAGAAGAAAUAGUUGUUAAGUUAAUAAUUUUCAGAAUAAUCUCUAUUGCGCAUUUUAAUGCAUUUCAGAACACGUCAGAUGUGUUGAGUUAGCCUCGAAUCUGUAGGUAGUCAUUUUAGCGCCUUGUCACUAACGCAUUUGGGUGAGCCGAUAAUUUUACUGAAGUAAAAGUGGUGGUGAUUGUAAUCCUACUCAUUUGGUGGACCAACCACAAACCUGAUGUAACAAAUCGCUAAAAUAACUUGCUAUUUUUGAGGCUGACUGUGCGUGUGUUAUAUAUAAAGUCUUUAUUAUACAUUGCAUACUACGCAAUGAAAUUAAUAACAUAAAUUAAGACAUGUAUAAGUUCUUUUUAAUAUAAAGACACGUGUCGUCUUGUACAUACGUUGUAAAUCGUGUUAUCGAUCAAAUGCCAAAAACUUUUAUUAAUUUUAAAAUACUAAUGUAUAUUUUUAAACGGUAGUAUGAUAAGUUUGUUUUUAACUGUUCGCAUGGUGAAAUACCGAACUAGAAAUGAUGUUUUAAUGUACCCCUAUUCGGAAUCUACGUCUGAAGGAAGGCAGGCUGUGUCGUGUCCUAGUGUAUGUGUAUAUUGAAUUAUUCUGUAAUUGAUAUUAUACCUAAAUUAACAUUAGUCGAGACACCACCAUUGCGUUGCCAUCGACACUCCAAAACGCAAAUUAAAUUAUAAAAUUUAAUAUAUAAAAGUAAUUCAUUAUAACGGGACAUGGAGGCAGUGUUUUCAUAUAUACUCGUAAAUAAAAGUUAAUUUACUCUCUAUAGUAUUAUGAAAUUAUUAAGUAUUACUUAUAGAUAAACUUGAAGUUCUGUAUUACUAUAUGUAGGUUAAUGUUCUCGUUAUAAAUCAUGUCAACAAUUUCGUUGAUUUCGGAAGUAAUGAAAAUUACUAAACCACCGCGUGAUAAUGAGAAUAUUGUACCACAAAAUAAUUGCACACUGUGAGGAUUUAGAAUCAUUAUAUUUUAAUGAAGAUACGACAUAUUUGUAUGAAAACACUGGCUCAUAUUCUCGUUCUAAUGAAAAUUUAAAAACAAUGAAAAUAAUUAUAUGCUUGACUAAAAUUUGAAAAGCGAAACAUAAAAUUAAUAAGAUAUUACAUAGUUGUAAGAGUAAUGUUUACCAAAAUUAUUUCCUAUUAAUUAUAAACUUACUGAUCUGUAAGAAUGCCUAUGCAUUCAAACUAUGCAUUUCUUUUACUCGAAUAUGAUGUUAUUUUUAUUUACUCUACAGUAUUUAACUAUCUCUUGAAUAAUGAUAAACUAGUAUUUUAAUGUGGUAACUUUGUCGAAUAAUGUAGGCGAUAUUCAUUUUUUAGCCUCGUAUUUCGAAAAAUAAUGAUCUGUAGAUAACUUUUAUGCCACCUAACUAAAAUAAAAAAAAAUAUUGCAAAGAUUACAACCUUUGAAUAAUUUUAAUUUCUCGCUCUUUCAAUAUUAGAUAAAGACUUCUAAAGUUCGACCUACAUUUUUCGUCAAAAUAACAUAACCUUUAAAUAUAUCUGGUAUAAGAAGAUUAUUGUCCAAAUAUAAAAUUCCAAUCCUAGUAUUAAGGUACGGAUUCCUAGUAACACGUUGAUUUCGCUUACGUUUCAAAACCCUGUAUUGCAUAGAGUCCCCUUAGCGAAUUAGUGAACUUUUGACAGAUAAUAGUUGUCUGUAAUGCGCGUCAAAACUAUUGACCGUUGUAUUCGCUGCCAAAAAUCAUUACUACACAUUUAAAAGACUUUUAAGAAUGAUCCACGGUGUACACUUGGCGUCAGGCGUGUCAGCUCUCUUCAGCUCACGAGGAUGAGCUAUUCAUUAGGUAUUAAAUUAUUCUGUGAUCAUCAGCACAACACAGGGACUAGCAUAACGGUCUGGCAAACCUAAAUCUGGUGCACGAGAAUGUCAUCUGCCUCUCCCGCUUAGUACUAAUUAGAAAGAGAUGGGUGGCUUAUGUCACACGUGACCUUAGUUGUUAUAGCUCCUCAGUAGUUAAUUAUAAGCGCUCGGAUAACUGUGAGUAAUGAUUUUUGACAUAUAUUAUUAACAAUAUUUUUAUUUUUUAUUUUAUUAAUUAGUUAUAUCAGUAUUUCAAGCAAGGCUGGCUUUUUGUUUUCGUUUAUUUUUCAAAUUCAUUUUUAUUUGAAUACAGAUGAAUAUUCUCUGUCAAACCUCUAUGAAAAUAUUAAAAAAACAAAAUGAUAUCAUUGAAAAAGGCUGAGGACACAAUUUUUAAGAUAUACAAUGUUUCUAAACAGGGUAAUUUCAUUUACUGUUGUGUAAUUUUGAAUAGAGACGUUGUUAUUCGAUUUUUACUCUUGUCUAUUGAAUAACAAGACGCAUUUUCGUAGUAACACUUUGUUGGCUAACGUUAAAAAAAACGAGCGUUUUUCUAAGUGCUUGCCAAACACGUAUUGUAAAAAUAUACGCGAUUUUACUAUGUGUAGCUAAACGUAUAAAAAUGUAAUCGAAAUUUUAGUAUUAACGCUAUUUCAUUAUUUCUUUCCGCAGUUGUUAUUAUUAAAAAUAGAUUUAAUUGAAUAUGAUAUUAUUUCAUAGGUAAAUUAAUACUUAGUUUUAGGUAAAAAUAUAAGUGUUUUAUAGUGACUCACUAUUUAUUUGUAAAUGUAAAUCUGUUUAUCACAUAAUUAUAGAUAGUGUAACGUAGCCCGAAUGAUCUGUUGGUAUUGAGAAGUGUAAUAUAGCGUUAGGAGUAAAGUAAGUGUUAUUUUCAACAUUCGUAAACAAAAUGUUAAGUGUGGUUGCAAUAUAUAUAGAUACAUUAUCAUAGAACAGUUAUAAUGAAAUAGAACAAAUGUAUACAAUUGAUUUCCUAUAGACAAAAUAAAUCUCAGAUUAAAAUAGAACGGAAAGAAGAAUUAAAAUAGCGAAAUGACAGAACAAUCAAUGGAGAUGGCUCGCAUGUACCCACCGACUUGAAUUGGAGUGCCAAUGUGUAUAAUGUAGUCCAUUUUAUGUAUGCCUCACACCGCUUCAACGAUACUAGUUUUCAUUAUAAUAAGGAAUACAUUUGUAUGGUGAAUUCAUUAUCUUCUCGAGCACUUCAAUGUAUUAAUCAAUGCUGACAAGUAUAUUUAAAUGAUAUACUUUUUAGCAUACCUUUAGAUAGUGUUCUAAUAUUGUGUAAGAAUACUGAGAAAAGUGUUCUUUUGUGCAUUAGAACGCUAUUGUUUAUAAAAAGAGGUAAAAUGCUCGCAUUCUGCCGUCGUAGAUAAAGUAUUGUAUUCAACGUCCCAUAACUAGGUCUUAAAAUUCUCGGGUCUGUUAUUAAAAACAUCGGGCAAGUCUCGUUUCAUAACUUCCACCCUCGAAUCCCCAGAACUCUUGUUAUGUGACUGUUGCAUAAAAUACUAUCCUCGUGCUCGUGCCGUCCAAUGUACGUUGUUAUUCUGUUUCAUUGGAAUUUCAACCAUUAUUAAAACGAAUAGAGUGACAUUUCUUUUGUCUCGUAAAAUUUUCGAACAAAUGAAAUUCAACCCAAUUAAAAAUACAACUAGAUUGAAACUUCCUUAGCUAUAAUUUUGUAUGGUGGGUGGCACGAGGAUUUAGGAGAACUGGUGUCGUCAGCGGUCCGUGAGCCGUCUUCGUUGUGCGCCAUACUUGUUGUAUUCACGACAUAGGAUAUUAUAAAUUAAAUUAUUGUUUUAUAGGCUACGCUGCGUUUGUUCCUUUCACAGUGCGUGACAAUUAUGUAAUACUAAUAUUUAUUUAUUUUAAACUUACUUCGACCGUUGCAAUCGUGUACCUAUUCGCAAUAUUUGAAAUUGUAGUUUCUGAGAUUGGAUAAUUUGAUUUUUUACUAUUUAACUCCCGUGAGACUCGGAACAUAUUCAAAUUUAAUUUAAACGGGUUUCUCACACUAUUUUAGUCGGAAUAUGACCUAUGGCCCGCGCAAUAAAAUGGAUCUGAAUGCCUAAAAGGGAAUUGUGCAAUAGAAACUAGUAGGUAUGUCUAGGUUUUAAUCUAAUUUGGGCAAAGAUAAUUUAAGUGCACAAACUCGCUUGAAAUGUGUAUAAUUCUUGAAUAAUUUAAAAACUGUCGAAACGUGUAGCAUAAUUAGUACAUUAUAUGGACAUGGAUCAUAUUCAUAUUAUUGCAACGAAAUAAAGAUGCCAAUUGCCACCUCACGUUGUUGUUAGAGCUUUUAAAGAAGGUACUUACCUCAAAUUCACCGAUUCUUUUUACUUAAUGAUUUUCAUACAGUACCUGAUUAUUUGAAAUUCACCGAUGGUUGUCAAUGAAUGUCAGGGCUCUGUUCUGAAAUGCAUCGCGAAAUUACAAGCAAGGCAGAAGUUUAAUAAAAGGUAUAUAAAAUGAAUGAAUUUGAAUGAUUGGUCCCAGAAUGGAGUCCCUUAUUAACAAACGCAGCAAAGCCUACGUAUGUGUACGUAAUAUCUUCCAUUAGUUUCGUAGUCGCUGUGAGCUACCGUAUGCAUUACAAUAAAUAUAUAAAUAUCGAUUUAAAUA